AUGUACAUGCAGUGGGCUGUAGGUGCUCAUUGCUCCUUUGGAAUGGAGAAGGCCAUGGUGGGAGUCCAGUUGAAGAAGAAACAGAAAUGGACCAUUCACCAGGUGGCACACACCAUGUACAUGCUGCGGGUUGAAAAAUCAGCAAUCUCACCGUCUCCAUCGCCAUCCACAUUCCAUCAGUUGCAGAUCUCAUCGUUGAAUCGAAGCAUCUCCAUCUCGAUUUUCUUCCUUGGAAGUAGCAUUCUGCUUGUAGUCUGUGUAGUUCUGAUAGUGAUUUUCUGGAUAUGCUACAAAUCUUCAGCACUGAAUCAGAUACUGGUCCGGAAUAAUAGAGUACAAGGAAUGCCAGAUUUCUUCAGCGGCAAUCUUCGGACGAUAAGCUACUUCAGCUACCGGACUCUGAAGAAAGCGACAGGGAAUUUCAAUCCUGAUAACCUGCUUGGAAGAGGAGGAUUUGGGCCGGUUUAUAAGGGAGUUUUGGAAGAUGGAAGGAUGAUUGCAGUAAAGAAGCUUGCUCUAGAGAAAUCCAGGCAAGGUGAGGAAGAAUUUCUCACAGAGGUGAGGAUGAUCACCUGCAUCCAUCACAAGAACCUUGUGCAGCUUCUUGGGUGUUGCUCAGAUGGGCCGCAACGAUUGCUCGUGUAUGAAUACAUGGUGAAUGGAAGCUUGGAUGCGAUAGUACAUGGAAGAAGUGAUCAUUUCCUGGACUGGAAGACGCGAUUCCAGAUAAUUCUUGGCAUUGCUCGAGGAUUGCAGUAUCUGCAUGAGGAUUCACAUAUAAGGAUUAUUCAUAGAGAUAUCAAGGCGAGUAACAUCCUUCUCGACGAUAAAUUUCAGCCGAGGAUAGGAGAUUUUGGAUUGGCGAGGUUCUUCCCCGAAGAUCAAGCUUAUCUCAGCACCACAUUCGCUGGAACUCUAGGCUAUACGGCUCCUGAAUACGCCAUCAGAGGAGAGCUAUCCGAGAAAGCCGACAUUUACAGCUUUGGAGUUUUGGUGCUUGAGAUAAUCAGUUGUAGAAAAAAUGCUGAUCCCACAUUAGCAUCAGAUAUGCAAUAUCUUCCUGAAUAUGCAUGGAAGCUCUACAAUAGAUCAGGGGUCAUUGAUCUGGUGGACCCAAAACUGCAAUCUGAUGGAUUUAAUGAGAGAGACGUCUUACAAGCGAUUCAUGUGGCCUUGUUAUGCCUGCAGUCACAUCCAAGCCUAAGGCCCCGAAUGUCGGAAAUCGUUACCAUAUUGACAAGCAAUGCAGAAAUGUUAGCAGAACCUAUGAAGCCAGCAUUUCUAGAUCAAAGGCGAUGGCAGUCGAAUUGA